AUGCAUUGGAUGAAGAAGACGGUAGAGAACCAUCCAUUGGAUGUUGAAGUGGUUGUGGGUACUGUAGAUGAAAGUGUACAAGAGGUUAAGUGUCAUGUACCGGUAUUGGAAGGAGGUACCCUUAUCACAUUUAAGUUGGUUAUUAGUAGUAUUUUUAGCUUUUAUCAAUUAUCCAGUGGAGCUUCAAAAAUUACUUCAAAGUUAUCGGAUGCAGAAGAUCUUACUAAAUCAAUUGGAAAUGGAAACCUAAUUCCUACUUCUAUUGCUCAACCCUCUGAUUCGGAAGACUUCGGUGUUGGUGUUGUUACAUCGGAAGAAGCAAAAUCAAUUCCUACUUCUGUUCAGCUAGAUUCUUCUUCUCAAGUCCCCAAUAGGGUUGAAUCUCAGAAAGUUGACUUAAUUUCCGCUAGCGCUGUUAUAGACAAGGAUGGUUCAUCUGAUUGUGUGAAUUUUCUACUAAAUGAAACUGCACAGACAGAUAUUAAAGACUUCACAAGGAUAAAUCAGAUCGAAAUUGGUGAAGUAGAGAUUUAUAUAGCUGUGUGUGAGAAAUUGAAGGGGAGUUUGGCAUAUCAAGCAAAGGCAUGUUAUUGUUGGGCCAAAAUCUUUGUAGGGAGCAUGGGAACUCGGGUCUUGUUCAUGGUGUUUCAAUUUCAAUAUCUCUGGAUGCUUGUGUACUUUUUGCAAUGGAAAUACAAAUUCUACACUACAGGUCUAGGGAAUGCUGCAAAUGCGAGUUUGACCAUUUCAGUUCUCAUGUGGAUGGAGGAAACUCAGCUCAUAUUCAGAGUAAUCCAAUUCCUACAGGUGCAGCUGUUGUUGGGAUACUUGCGGUGGAAAUUCCAAAUGGUUUCAAAUGCAGUUCUCGCACGUAAAAUGAGUGGUGCCUUCAACACACCAACUGGAGUUAUGGGUAUGCAAUUUUCUAACAUCUCCGCACAAGUACUAGGUUUGUUUAUUUCCGCCGUCUUUAGAGGAGAAGAAAUUAAAUUCAGAAAGCUCUGUAGUUGGUCUUUUCCAACAAAUCAAUAUACCCGGGCAGAGUACCUUAGUAGGAAAGUGGACUGCUCACGAAAUUUUUAAGAGUAUGCACCAAGUUCUCUUCUCAUGGA